AUGUGCCCUUUAUGCAACAAAGUUUUAGGCAAUGACGCUAUGAAACCAUCUAAACUGCAAGAUCAUCUGAGAAGAUGCCACCCUGAUAAAACAGAGAAAGAUUUGAAAUACUUUCAAAUACUCAAAAAUAAAUUUCAGAAGAGACCUCCACUGGACAGAAUGUUCGCUCGACGUCACAAAGAAAUGAUGAUGGUUUGCGGGCGUCUUACAAUAUCUCCAAAAUCCGGAAAACCGCAUACUAUCGGAGAGAAGUUAAUUUUGCCAGCCGUUGAAGAGGUUUUAAAAACUGUUUUACACAAACCUGCAUCUGAUAUUAUUAAAAGAAUUCCCUUAAGCAACAAUACUGUUGAAAGACGUAUUGAUGAAAUGAGUUCUGAUAUUGAAAGCUUCUUAUGUAAUUAUUUGCUAAAGACCCAUUUCUCUAUACAACUUUACCUGAUAAUGCAGCAUUAUUAUUGGGAUAUGUUCGAUUACUUCAUUGAAAAAGCAAUUCCUUUAUCAAAUAUAAUAUCAGUAGCUACAGAUGGAGCACCUGCCAUGGUUGGACGUUAUCGUUUAUUUAUAAGCUAUUUAAAACAAAAUGUGUCAGGGGUGUUAGCAAUACAUUGCGUCAUCCAUCGACAUCAUUUAGUUGCUAAAAUUUGA